AUGGCUGAGAGAUUGUUAAUAGGAGCACUGAAGGGUGGUAAAAGCACUAAAAUUGUUACCCUGAAUGGAAAAAAAAUUACAAAGAUGCCAUCGAUAUUAGGAAAGCUGUCCGGCCUUCAGAUUCUAGCUCUGCAGAAUAACCUGAUCCCCAAGGUGUGCCCGGAGAUAAGGGCCUUGACCCAGUUGACAGCAUUAAAUCUGGGAAACAAUCUUCUAGAAGUUGUUCCAGAAGAGCUGAAAUACCUUACAUCCCUGAAGAAACUCCAUUUAUUUGGAAAUAAGAUUUGUAGAUUUUUACCUGAAUCAUGUGAUGGUUUACAAAAUUUGGUCCUGCUUAAUCUGAACAACAAUCUGCUUACGUGCCUUCCUCAAGAAAUCGGCAGAUUACAUAGUCUUACAUAUUUGAGUAUAAAUUAUAAUCAACUAGCUAGCAUUCCUAAAGAACUUUGUUUCCUUGAGAAUCUUUCUGAACUUCAACUUAACUACAAUCAGCUUAUUUGCCUACCGGAAGAAAUUAUGUUCUUGCAGAAGCUCCAGAAACUUCUUCUGGUCAGGAACGGCAUUGAAGACUUACCAAAUGGAAUUUGUAAUCUUAAGAACUUAAGAAUCCUAGACAUAGCUGGAAAUAUUGUUCAGAUUUUUCCAUCUCAAUUUCAGAACUUGAAGCUGAAGGAAUUCUAUUGUGAAGGGAAUCCACUGUUGUUGAGGCAGCCAGUUCAAGCUGUGGAGCAGGAGGAGGUCUGGAGUCUACAGGAAAUAACAGCAAGAUUUAUAAUGAAUGAACUAGCAGAAAAUAAUCCUAUGCUAAUGGAAUCCAUAGAAUGCUACCCACAGCUCAGGAAUAUAAUUUCUAAGAAAAGAGAAUGUACAAUCUGUGGAAAGUUCUUUCUAACCAUAUGGCUGGAAUGUGUUCAGUUUGUUCCUCCAUCAAAGGACUGGAAGAUGAGCAGAAAUGUACAACUGAUACCUCUUCAAAUUCUAAUUUGUUCUUACAAAUGUUUUAAUCAACGUGGCCCUGACCUCUUUGGAAUUGCUCAGAUGUAG